AGGCUGGCAGUCAGUCGUUUUGGAGACCUUAACCAUGAACGAUAGUGUUGAAAUCUACGCUGAGCUCCUUUCAGCCAUUGUUCGCUUGAACAGCUUUAGCACAAUAGUCUAUUUGGAUCCUGAGGAUGGAAAGGAGCGCUGCCACUUGGAGAAUUGGCUAUCAGUACUAGGAAAGGGUAUUCCUUUGCUAUGGUGGCGCUCAAUUGAUGAACUCAAGCUGAGCAGCUUCAUCAAUGCCCAACUACUGGUUGUGGCUUGCUUACCUGGCGUAUAUCGCCUGGAUUUGCUGAACACAAUCUCAAGCACUUUGCGAUAUAUGCGCCAGACCAAACUGCUUAUAGAAUUGAUUACCAAUCAGGAUGUGCCCUUGGUCAGGCGAGUGCUAGAAUUUUGUCUACAAAAUCAGAUGCUCAAUGCUGCAUUAAUCUCUGGGAGUUUCGGAGAAACGCAUACGUUGUAUAUCUACGAUGCAUAUCCAAGUUUCUUGCUGAAGCGUAAACAAUUUACGCAGGAGCUUUUCAAUUUGUAUCCUGAUAAAAUGCUGGACUUGCAUGGUUAUCGGAUUCGCACAAUGCCGGAUCUGUCUGAGCCCAACACCAUACUCUAUCGCGAUAAGGAAGGUAAGCCUCGACUGCUUGGCUACGUUUGGAACAUGCUGGAGGAAUUUGCACGCAAACACAAUGCCGGCUUGCAACUAAUCGAUGUGGUUCGAGAGGGAAAGUUCUUGAGUCACAUUCAAGUAUUGGAUCUGGCGCGUGAUAAUUUGGUGGACAUAGCGGCCAGCGUGCAGCCAUUAACGCUGCGCCACCUGGAUCGUUACCAUGAGUACGCAUAUCCUGCAUAUAUGGCCAGCUGGUGCACAAUGUUGCCCAUGGAGCCGCUCUUAGGUGUACGAGAAAUAUACACAUGGAUGUUGCCUGCUGCUACCUUGUGUUUUCUGGCCGUGCUCUGGGCGCUCCAUGAGCUCCUGCUAGGUCGCUACCAUCGUCAUAGACGUCUGCUUGGUAUAGGCUGGAAGCUUUUGGCCAUUAUGCUGGCCUGCAACGUCCAGGGCAGACUGGUUACCCUGCUUGUUGCACCACCUGGAAAGCCAUCCAUUCACAGCUUUGACGCACUCUCCAAUUCGCAUGUGCGCAUCUUUGGAAUGCGCUUCGAACACAACUUGUAUGACUUUGAUCUGCGCACGCGAUAUGCGCAAGCGUUUUACCUCAGCGACAAGGUGGCGGAGCUUUUGUGGCUGCGAAACUCCUUGAAUACCAGCUACGCCUAUACCGUAACGCACACCAAGUGGCAGCUGUACGCGGAGCAGCAGGCAUAUAGUUCCAGGCCGUUGUUUUACUACUCCAAGAACUUUUGCUUCUAUCAGUAUGUGCCCUUCGCUUUGGUUAUUCCGGAGAACUCGCCGCAUCGUGCCACACUUCAUCAUUUCCUACUGCAACUGAGUCAAUCGGGCUUGUACAUGCACUGGGUGGCCAGGAGCUUCUACUACAUGGUACAAGCGGGCAAACUGCAGAUUCGGGACCUGGGCGAGGCACGUCAUGUCCGCUCGUUAGUGACUGAGGACCUGCACGACGUGCUGCAAGGUUACGUAGUUGGUGUGCUAAUUAGCUUGACCCUCUUUGCCUGCGAGCUGUUUAUAAGUCGGGCAAGGCAUUGGCUGGACAUUUAAUUAGUCAUUAAAACAAAUUGGGUGCUCAAUUAUUCUUUAGUUGGAAGCAAUGUCGACUAUAUAAAUAAAU